CCCAUUCGUAUUUCGUCGAGAGAAAAGGGCUCAAUCUCAAAUUUUCGGUGCGAAGCAUUCACUGCUUACCCAGCAGCAGCAAAGGUUGCCGCCAAUCGCUCUAUAAAUACCAUUCCCCUCCAUAAUUCCCCCCAUUAAUCCCUCAAUUAUCGUCCUCUCAAACUCGGAAAACCCUAGGCUCUCCCGAUCCACAAAACCCUAGAACCCUAAAUCCCUUGAAUGCUCGAUCCCUUCAACUCGACAUGGGAGCGAGUCGGAAGCUUCAGACCGAGAUCGAUCGGGUCUUGAAGAAGGUCCACGAGGGCGUGCAGGAGUUCGACACUAUUUGGGACAAGGUUUAUGAAACGGACAAUGCGAACCUUAAGGAGAAGUUUGAAGGGGAUCUCAAGAAGGAGAUCAAGAAGCUGCAGAGGUAUCGGGAUCAGAUCAAGACGUGGCAGCAGUCGAGCGAGAUAAAGGACAAAAAGGCUCUCAUGGAUGCCCGAAAGCUUAUUGAGCGUGAAAUGGAAAGAUUUAAAGUCUGUGAGAAGGAGACAAAAACGAAAGCCUUUUCCAAAGAAGGACUUGGCCAACAACCCAAGACUGACCCAAAAGAGAAAGCUAAAUCUGAAACAAGGGACUGGUUGAACAAUGUGGUUGGAGAUUUGGAAAGUCAAAUCGAUAAUUUUGAAGCAGAGCUUGAAGGGAUAUCUGGAAAGAAGGGGAAAACAAGGAAUCCUCAGCUGACACGUUUAGAGGCAUCUAUUGGCCGCCACAAAGCUCACGUACUGAAGCUGGAGUUGAUCUUAAGACUAUUGGAUAAUGACGAGUUGAGUCCUGAUCAGGUCAAUGACCUUAAAUAUUAUUUGGAUGAUUACAUCGAAUGCAAUCAGGUGGAUUUUGAACGAUUUAGCAACAUUGAUGAGCUGUACGUCUCUUUACCGCUAGACAAGGUGGAAGCUCUUGAAGAUAUGGUGACAGUGACGCUUGGCAGCUCUGGUCUUGUGAAGGCUGCUCUCUUGUCGGCCCCUCAGCAGAGCGCUGAUCAAGAUCAAAGUGAUGAAACAGCUUCUCUGGACAGCAAUGCUGAUACCAUUUCUAAAACUCCACCUGCUAAGACUGUGGCUGCAGGACCUUUGGUGUCAUCAUCUGCUUCACCCAGUCUUGUUUCUGGUACACUAGAAGUACCUAUUUCAGCUGCCACAUCCAGUUCGGCUGUCCAUACAUUGCUUGAUGGGCCCGGACCUGCAGCUGCACUUGCUGGUACAGCUGCCGUUCGAGGUGUCACAGGGGAGUCAGCUGCUUUCCUGUCUUCAUCACUUGGGAAUUCUUCUGAUUCAGUCAAGGAGGCAGAUAAUAAUGUCAUCUCUGACUCUGGAUCUUCUGCAACCACCCCUGAGACUGGACUAGAGAAAGUUGUUAGCAGAGGAACAUCCUAUCAAGAAUCCAUCGGUGCUUCCAUGAGUUUAAAUUCCGUCAGUGGUGUUGCUAGCAGUGGAUCUCUUGGUUCAUUUCCUGUAGUAUCUGAUUUGUCUAAGAGAAAUAUUUCCAGCAUUAAUGAAAGGAGAGAGGUUGAUAGUAUUCCUCCGACUCUGGCUGCCCAGCUAAGUAACAGAAUGCAGUCACAGCAGAUUUCAAAAUUUAAUGCUGAUACACUUUCAAACGACAAUGUCGGUGAGGGCACUGGUAUUGGUGGAAGAUCCUUUUCACAUUCAAUAGCUACCUCACAGUGGACGCCUCAGAGUGCGGCUUCAUUUCAGAACCCUGCUGAAAUUCGUGGAAGACCUGAGAUUGCUCCUGACCAGAGGGAAAAGUAUCUGCAACGACUGCAACAAGUACAGCAACAAGGUCAUGGUGCUCUUCUCAGUGUCCCUCAUCUGCCAGGGGCAAAUCACAAACAGUUCCCUAUGCAACAUGAAAAUUCAAUCUUGCAACAGUUCAAUUCUCAAGGCACAUCUUUGCCACCUCAAUUGGGGCUGGGGCUUAAUCUUCAGUCCUCGGGUGCUAGUUCUGUUGCAUCCACACCGCUACAAAGCCCCAUCCAUCACUUAACCUCUCAAAUUCCACUUAUCUCAACUGGACCAAAAGAUGUAGAUAUAGGCCAUUCCAAGGGAGAGCAGCAGCAGCAGAACUUAAGUGAUGAUAUGAAGAUAGAAUCUGCUCAAGUUUCAGGUCUUAGCAAUAAAAGCGAUGAUAAUUUGAAGACACCACUCUCGGUAAUGGGAACAACCGGUGAAGGCAGCCAAUUACCUAGAGAAAGUGAUCUCUCGCCUGGGCAGCCAUUGCUACCAAGUCAGUCUUCUUCUGGUGUUGGUGUGAUUGGUCGAAGAAGUGUUUCAGACCUUGGCGCCAUUGGUGAGAACCUUGGUGGUUCGUCUGGUAAUUCUGGUGGUAUGAGUGAUCAGUUCCAUACUUUGCAAUUAUUGGAAGCUGCACUUCAUCGACUUCCUCAGCCAAAAGAUUCUGAACGUGUAAAAAGAUAUGUUCCUAAACACCCUGCCGUAACUCCUUCGAGCUUCCCUCAAACUCAGGCAGAUAUUAUUAGAAAUCCUGCUCUCUGGAAAAGAUUGGGUGCUGAUCCAUUAGGCAUUGACACCUUGUUCUUUGCGUUUUACUAUCAGCAGAACACUUACCAACAAUAUUUAGCUGCAAGAGAGCUGAAAACUCAGGCAUGGAGAUUUCACAGACAAUAUAACACAUGGUUCCAACGGCAUGAGGAGCCAGAUUUUGCAACCGAUGAUUAUGAAAAAGGAUCAUAUGUGUACUUUGAUUUUCAUGUGGACACUGCAUGGUUGCAAAGGAUAAAAAACGAUUUCACUUUUGAAUAUAAACACCUUGAGGAUGACCUUGUGAUCUAGGUAGGUUGAAGUACAUAAUCAAUAGUCAAAAGUUUCGGUAUGAAGCUUUCCAUGUUUUGGCUCAUAUCUGUCAAAUAAUUUGUUUGAAAACCUAAACUCGAGGGCUUUGGUUUCAAGGCCUUAAGGAAAACAUGAAAGCCCGAAUUAAUCAUUCUAUUUUCUUAUUGAUGUGAAAUUUGGGCUGGUUUUUGUUUUCA